UCUGAACAGUCUCUUAGAGACUAAGUGGAGGGACAGCGGGAGGUAACGGCUUCUUCUUAAAGCUAUUUACAAUAAUGGUUGGCCAUGAAGCUGUUUGCUGUCCAUUCAAUAGUUUGGUCCGGUUUGCUGGUUUUGUGGGCCUCACAAAGUGAGACGGAGGCCAACAAUCAAGACGUCUGUCAGGAUGAAAAGUUCAUUGCUGAUCUACAGGUGUCUUCAUCGCAGGAUGUGGAGCUGGAGGCAGUGAUUCAUAACUUCCUCUGCCUCCUUUACCCAACAAAUAUACUCAACUGCUCCUGGUCAUUCCACACUUUGCAGAAGGCUGCUCAGCUGACUGUCUAUAUCAGUAUUUGUGACAAUGAAAGGGCAGUUCACGCUCUAAACUAUUCGUCUGCAGAAAGAGUCGGAUCGAGGUCUCUGGCUCUGAGGGAACAUGAGGUGUCAUAUGUAAUCCUCCAGUUUAACGCAACCCUGCACGACACGUGGACAUUGUACACCUACACAUACAACAUGGCCAUGCUAGAGGUCCUGUCUCCACCCCAGAACAUCUCGGCAUCAAUCAAAGAUGGAGACCUGUUGGUGACAUGGGGUCUGCCCUUCAGUCGAAUAGGCUCUAACCCCACAUGCUUUGAAUACCAGCUGGACAUGGGGGACCAGGAAAAACUCAAAAGCUUGACCAACCAGCUGUUAUAUAUAGAGGGGAAUGCAGAUCCCGGCUGCACCUACAGCGUGAGGAUGAGGGCGAGGAAGAUAGACUCAUGCCAAGAAAACCCUCAGUGGAGUGACUGGAGUCAUACUGUCACGGUGGAGCAGUCGGUGUACAAGCUCAACACUCUGGUCAUCAUCUCAAUUUCACUUGGAAUACCCAUGAUCUUCUUGGCUGUGCUGCUGCUGGUGCGCUAUCAGAGGGUGUCCGAGAUUUUAUUUCCUCCGAUCCCUCGACCCCCUCCAAAGUACAUUUAUUUCCUGGAAAAAAACGACACGUUUAAUUUCUUCCAUCCUGCCCCCCCACCUGAGCCUGUGGAGGAGAUCACAGAGGUGGAGGACACGGAGCAAAACCUUGGGAAGACAUUUUGAAAUCCAUAUGAAAAGGACACAUUCAACAAGCAGAAGUCCGUGCACUGCCAGGCACAUUUUCACACAGAGUGACCUUUCAGCAACAGCAAGCGUCAAUGUAUGCAACAUGUUUAUAGACGUGUAUUUGUGUGGCUUAUGUUGCUCAUGCCUUUACAUUUUGUGGCACUUUAAGACAUUUUAAUACAUUCAGGACGUGCAAAAGUACACCAGUAUGACAACAAAACAUGCUGCGGGUAUCGUAGCAGACUUUUUUGGUUAUUGAAUUAACAGAAGGGAUGCAUGUAUAUCGCUGAGAUGUGAUGGAAUACACUCGCUCUGCCUGAGCUUGCUGGUAAGACGGUCUUGAAAUGUAGAUCUGUUUACCAUCUAGCGCUUCUACAGAAUGUGUUUAUACCUUUUGGCGUGUGAAAUAAAGCUGUUAAUUAACUUCUGUUAAAUCAAUACACAACCAGCCUUUAAAAACGUCAAACUGUCUCUUUACACUGCACUUUUAGUACAGAUUAAACAAGACGUGAUGUAAAGUGCUGUAGUGAGAUUUAGAGGUGCUAGUAUGCAGCUUUUGUUGCCUUUGGACAGAGCUAAACUAGCUGUUCACUCCUUUUUCCAGUCUUAAUGCUAAGAUAAGCUACUUGAAGCGGCUGCUGGCUGUAGCCUCACACUGUGUGUAAUGGACAGACGAGUGAAAUCCAUCUUCUCGCAUAACUCUACGACAUGAUAUUUUCUAAAAUGUUGAAUUAUUCCUGUGGAGGUGUGACUGGAGAUGUAGUAAAUCAGAGUUUGUCUAGACUGAGAAAGAGAUGCAAGCUGUUUUAAGAUUGUUUAAGAACUGACUUUGAAACCCAGACCAGAGGGAUCAAGCACAGAGCAAUCAAUUCACAAAAAAAUGAACUGAGAGGUGAUCAGUGGGUUUGUCAUGGUGCAUUUGGGACGGAACAUGUUGACUGGAACACUUCGCAAAAUGUGAUGAACUUGAGCUUUACAGCAAAGUCAUUAGUGUUCACAGCUCAUCAGUUAAGAGGAACUGUCAGGAAAGAAAAAAAACACUGUUUCACUCUGACAGACUUGCGGUAACACUGCUUAAACCUGCGGUCAAGCUAAACCUAGCCUGACCAAGUCUAGCAUAAAGUAUAUGUCAGGAACAGCAUACACACACCUUUCUUUCAUCAGGAGCAGGAUUCUUGAUUAAUUCCUUUGUAUUUGAUAGUGGCUUGAGACCAAUAAGAUUGGAUGCUGCCGGUGACGUAGAUUGAGACGCAAAAAUGAAUAAAUAAACAAAGUCACGUUGUGAAAAUGAGUGUGCCCACAAUAGAUGUUGUGACUUUUCUUUCUUGCAUUGCUAAAUUUCCUGUGUUGCUUCAGUGGCUUCAGAUAAGGUAAAAGCAGUGCAGACAAACCGCACAGGUCACACAGAUCACUGUACUCAAGUGUGACUUCCACGGAAACAAAAAACACGUCGACUCAGCAUCUGUGCGCUUGUAGAAGAAAGCAUCACAAUGCAUGACCGCGGCCGUGCCCAAAAUCUCUCUUUUAUUUUUACCACACACAUAUCACCAGAAUACACACAUAUGCAUUAAUAGAUUAAGGCUGAGGCUGACAGGAAAACACAGCCUUCCUCACACACUGAAACCACUGCAGCAGAGAUAGUGAGUGAUAUAUUUGC